AUGGGAGGGUUGCAGACGGCUGGGCCCCUGGUCGCGCUCGGGCGGUUCCGAGUAGCUGCUGCUGGUGUCGGCUGGAGGGAGGGUUCCCGGCCCCAGGUCACCAUGCUACCUACGAAGGUGGAAUUCGAGAAGCAGGAUCUGGAGACGACCAACGCCCGGAGCCGCCUUGAUGCUGUGCUGCAGUGUCUGCUGGAGAAAAGCGAUGUGGACCGGGAGCAGAUGGACGAGGACGCCGGGAAGACAUCCAGCGACCCACUCAGCAAGGACUCCUCCCCCUCCACGGCUGGGAAGAGGCCCUCAGCACGGUUCUCCCAUCACCGGCGCAAGAAGAGGAAAGAGACAGAUGAUGGAUUGACUGAGAGUGGCCAGCAGAGACAGAACACCUACAUCAUCAAGCUGUUUGACCGGAGUGUGGACCUGGCGCAGUUUGCAGAGAGCACCCCACUGUACCCCAUCUGCCGGGCCUGGAUGAGGAACAGUCCUGCCGUACGCGAGAGGGAGCGCUCGCCCAGCCCACCGCUGCCCGCCCUGCCUGAGGAUGAGGAGGGGGCUGAGGGGCUGAACGGGAAGAGCCAGAAUGUGUACAAGCUGCCCCCGCCGUGUGCUGGCCUGGAGAAUGCAAGCGGGGAGUCUGUGAGCACCAGGAUACCCUCCCCACUGCCGCCUGAGGAUGGGGAGUCGCUCCCUGAUACGACCCCUGAUGCACGGCCCUCAAUGUCUUCUCUCAUCUAUAAGAACAUGGAGCGCUGGAAGAAGAUCCGCCAGCGGUGGAAGGAGGCAUCACACCGGAACCAGCUGCGCUACACUGAGAGCAUGAAGAUCCUCAAGGAGAUGUAUGAGCGGCAGUGAUGGACCCCACACCCUGCCCAGGCCCCCCUCUGGGGGUGGGGCUGUGCUGAGGCCCAGCCACUGGGAGUGGAGCCACUUGGGUGCCCCGCCUCUGGGGGGGGGGCAUUCCUAAUAGAAAAUAGCCUCAUACCCUGGGCUUGGUGCUGGGGAGAGUGGUCUAGCUCGGGGCUGCCCCUCACACCCCCCCUUCUGUCCCCUGGCUGGGCUCUGUGUGGGGUAGGGCUGCCCCCUAGUGGAGUCAGCGGCUAGUGCAUGUAAGGGGACCUAGUCUCCCAUCCCACCAUCUCUCUUCUCCCUCCCCCUUCCAACAUAGCCAAUAAAUGGAGUCCCUGGC